CAUAGCUUCUCUUAAAAUGAAUUCCUCCAUUUUGAUUAUGGUGUUUCUUCAUCUUUGUUGGAUUUCCCUUAGUAUUAGCAGAGAGACAGUGUGCAUUGAAAGUGAGAGAGAGACACUGUUGAAGUUGAAGCAUAAUCUCACAGAUCCUUCAAAUAGGCUUUCUUCUUGGAAUACCUCUGUGAAUCCCAAUUGCUGCGAGUGGGAUGGAGUUGUGUGCAACAACUUUACAUCUCAUGUUGCAGAGCUUCACCUUACCACUUCAUUUCCUGAUUUCAAUUACAGCCUUUUUGAUCCAUUAUAUGAAGCAGAUUACGAAGAAGCAUGGGAAGAGUAUAAUAGAGUGGCAUUGGGUGGGGAGAUAAAUCCUUGUUUGGUUGAUUUGAAGCAUUUGAAUUACUUGGAUCUUAGCGGCAAUCAUUUUCCAACUACUCCAAUUCCUUCCUUCAUUGCAACAAUGACUUCUUUAACUCACCUCAAUCUUUCUGAUGCUGGAUUCAUGGGGAAUAUUCCUUCUCAGAUUGGAAAUCUCUCCAAUUUGCUCUAUCUUGACCUCUCUUAUGUUGCCAACGGAACAAUUCCUCCCCAGAUAGGGAAUCUCUCCAAUUUGCUCCACCUUGACCUCAAAGACGGAUAUCAUCCACAAUCUCUGUUUCUUGAAAAUAUUAAUUGGCUAUCAAGUCUUUCCAAAAUUCGUUAUCUUACAUUCAGCAACAUUUGGUCACUUAAAGCAAGUAUGCCAAUUCCUUCUUUUAUUGGCUCAAUGACCACCUUAAUUCACUUGGACCUCUCUUUUUCUGGAUUCAUCGGCAACAUUCCUCCUCAGAUUGGAAAUCUUUCCAAUUUGGCGUAUCUAGACCUAAGUUGUGCUAUCACUGGAACACUUCCCUCUCAAAUUGGAAAUCUCUCUAAUUUGUUGUAUCUUGACCUUGGAAGUGAUCUAACUUCGAUUCCUAAAAAUGUUGACUGCUUGUCAAGGCUUACAAAGCUUGAAUAUCUUGAUUUAGGAGGUGCAAACCUAUCCCAAUCAUUUCACUUGCUUCACACCCUCCAAGCUCUUUCUUCUUUGCUGCACCUACAUUUGUCAGGAUGUACACUUCCUCACUACAAUCAACCAUCAUUUCUUAACUCUUCAUCUCUCCUUACUCUUGAUCUUUUUGACAUUUCUUAUCAUUCUAAAAUUUCAUUUGUUCCAAAGUGGGUGUUUGGACUGAAGAAACUUGUUUCUCUUUUUUCAUCUUUUAACUACUUUGAAGGUCAAAUUCCUGAUGGUCUUCAAAACCUCACACUUCUUGAAAAUCUUGAUUUGAAGGAAAAUUCAUUUUCAUCUUCUAUACCUCAUUGGUUUUAUAGUAGUUUUCCUCAUCUCAAGUUAUUGGACAUAUCAAACAACAACUUACAAGGAAAUAUUUAUGAUGCCUUAGGAAAUGUGACUUUUCUAGUUACACUUGAUCUGUCAUACAAUCAACUUGAAGGUCCAAUUCCAACUUCUUUAGGAAAGGUGACUUCUCUAAUCGAACUUGAUCUAUCACAAAAUAAACUUAAAGGUUCAAUUCCAACUUCUUUAGGAAAGUUGAAUUCUCUAGUUCGACUUGAUUUAUCAUACAAUAUCCUUUCAAGCAAUCUAACACUAGAUUAUUGUGGCAACAAAGGUGAUGGAGAACAUCUAAAAUCACUUGGAGAAUUUUCAUCAUUGAGAGCUCUUAUUUUGUCAUCAAAUCAACUCAGUGGAAAUCCAUUCGAAAGUCUUAAAUCACUCUCUAAAUUGUCAUACCUUGAUAUUGGUGAUAAUCAUUUUGAAGGAGUUGUAAUGGAAGAUCAUCUUUCAAAUCUUACGAGCUUGGAUGAGUUUUAUGCAUCAGGAAAUAACUUGACUUUAAAAGUAGGUCCCAAUUGGCAUCCUACUUUUCAACUUACCUAUUUGGAUAUGAGCUCUUGGCAAUUAGGCCCUAACUUUCCAUCAUGGACUCACUUACAAAACAAACUUCAAUAUUUAGCGAUGUCUAAUACAGAGAUUCUGGAUUAUAUUCCCCCUUACUUUUGGGAGGCUUUAUAUUCUCUUGAAUAUUUAAACCUAUCCAACAAUCAUAUUCAAGGUGAGAUUGAAAAUUCUCCGACAAAACCAUUAUCUUUCUUGACCCUUGAUCUAAGCUCUAAUCACUUGCACGGAAAAUUACCUUAUAUUUCUAAUCAAGUUCAAUGGUUAGAUCUUUCGGGUAAUUCAUUCUCUUCCAUGAAUGAUUUCUUAUGUUGUAAGCAAUUCAAGAAAUUUAACUUGCAUCUUCUCAAUCUUGCGUCCAAUAACCUAUCAGGAAAAAUACCUAAUUGUUGGAUACAAUGGCCAGAAUUGAUGGAUGUGAAUUUACAAAGCAACCAUUUUGUUGGGAAUAUGCCCUCAUCCAUGGGCUCUUUAGCUUCGUUAGAGUCAUUGAACAUUCGUAACAACUCGUUAUCAGGAAUAUUGCCUAUAACUUUGAAGAAGAAUACUCAAUUGAUAUCUGUGGACCUUGGGGAAAAUAAUCUUUCUGGAACUAUUCCGACAUGGAUUGGAGAAAGGUUGUUAGGAUUAAAAAUUCUUCGCCUUCGAUCAAAUAAUUUUUCUGGUCACAUUCCUAAUGAAAUAUGUAAUAAGACAUUUCUUCAAGAUUUGGACCUUGCACAAAAUAGUUUGUCCGGAAAUAUUCCAAAUUGUUUCAACCACUUGAAAUCCAUGUUGCAAAAGUACAAAAGUUCAAAUUUGAUCAUAAAGAACGGUGUAUAUGUGCCAAAUGAGAGGGAUGAUGCAAUCAGUAUUAUCCUAUGGAUAAAAGGAAGAGCUUUAGAGUAUAGCAAGAUUCUUGGCUUGGUAACAAAUGUUGAUUUGUCUGAUAAUAAUUUAUCAGGAGGGAUACCUAGAGAAAUCACAUAUCUAGAUGGUUUGAUAUAUUUGAAUUUAUCCAAGAAUCAAUUGUCCGGCCAAAUUCCACCGAGUAUUGGUAAUAUGAGAUUAUUAGAAUCCAUUGAUCUCUCAAGGAAUCAAUUAUCAGGAGAAAUCCCUCCAACCAUAUCAAACUUGAGCUUUCUCAACAACCUAGAUUUAUCUCAUAAUCAUUUAAAGGGAGAAAUUCCAAUAGGCACUCAAAUUCAAAGCUUUGAAGCAUCCGACUUUAUUGGAAAUAAUUUGUGUGGUCCACCACUACCGAUUAAUUGCAGUUCCAUCCAGCAAAUUCCAUUUAUUGAUCGCUCGAAAACAAAGAAUGAUUGGCAUGGAGUGAAUUGGUUCUUUGUGAGCAUGACAUUUGGGUUUGUUUUUGGAUUUUGGGUAGUUGUUACUCCUUUGUUCAUUUAUAAAUCAUGGAGAUAUGCAUACUUUUGUUUCCUUGAUGACAUGUGGUAUAAACUGCAAUCAUGUUGGUGAUCGUUGAUUUGUAAUAUGGUGUUGUUGUUUUACUUCACAUUCAUCUCUUUUGAUAUCACUUUGUCAA